AUGCCGACGGAACUAGAGGAAUUGGUUAGUUUCCUACAUUCACCUCAGCCAGCUGUUGUUCAAAUAGCGUUGGAUAAUUUGGUGGGAUACUCUACUGGUCCUAGUCAACAGAUCUUCAGUUACGAUAACUAUGAAGCAAUCAAAGAUUUGAAGAAGUUGAGUAGUUCUAAUAGCAGAACACUAGUCACACAAUCCGUUACAAUCCUUGCUAACUUAUGUGAGGAUACAACAAUGCGAAACCUCAUUGUAGAGGACCUUGAUUAUUUGAAAGAUUUGUCUACAAGGAUUGUUAGGCUCAAAAAUUCAAACGCAGAUUUAAUGUGUAUUUUAUUGAAUAAUUUGGCCAAAAACGAUUUAAUUAACAAGAUCUUGGAUUUUGAAUUUGAGCCCAGUGAAGAGGAAAAGCAAGUUUUUAGCUCAACGAAGAUAAUUGACUGUUUGAUGGAUUGUUUUGUAAAGGGGCAUGAUCGCAAGCUAAAUCCAUAUGCUAACUAUGACUAUCUUGCCUACUUCUUUGCAGAUUUAUCGCGUUUUCAACAAGGUAGAUCUUACUUUGUGACGGAGCAAACGUUUGACCAAGUUGUGCCAAUAUCAAAAUUACUUGUUUUCACUGAAAAGUAUGACGAUAAGAUUCGCAGAGAAGGUGUUGCUUCAACUAUUAAAAACUCCUUGUUUGAUACCAAUGCACACAUGAAAUUGUUGACAGAUCCUAAAAUAAACAUUUUGCCUUUUAUACUUUUGCCCUUGGCUGGACCAGAAGAUAUUGAUGAAGACGAAAUGUUUGAUUUGCCGGAGGAGUUGCAGUUAUUACCAUCUGAUAAGCAGAGAGAACCUCUCAGUGGCAUCCAAUGUAUUCACCUAGAAUCAUUACUUUUAUUAUGCACUACGAAACCAGCAAGAGAAUAUCUUAGAGAGAAACAGGUGUAUUCUAUUAUCAGAGAGCUACAUAAGGCAACUGAUGUUGAAGAGGUUAUUGAAUUAUGUGACAGAAUUGUGCAAAUGCUAAAGAGGGAUGAAGCACCAGAUAAUGCUGAAAUAGAGGCAAUCGAAAGCGACGAAGAUGACGACAAGAUAGUUGAAAUAGUAUAA